AUGGCCGAUUCCCAUCCACAUGACUUAGCACUGCUGCGACGAGUGGUGGUGGAGGUGGUUGUGAAGGCCUGCCAUCUUACGGCAAAGAUCCAGAAGAAUAUAUUGGAUGAGGAGAUCCUGAAAAAAGCGGACUUCUCACCAGUCACCAUCGCGGAUUUUGCUUCUCAAGCCCUCGUCGAGCACAUUCUCCAUCAAGCGUUCCCGAGUAUUCCCAUGGUGGGGGAGGAGGACGCGUCAGCUCUGCGUGCUGAUCCUGCCCUGGCGAAAAAGGUGUUGGACCACGUGAAAGAGCUCAUGGCGGAUAUCUCUAUGGAGGAGGUCAUCGGCGCGCUUGACCGCGGCAAUCAUCCGGGGGGUGAGGGUUUGUUUUGGGUACUCGAUCCGAUUGAUGGCACGAAGGGCUUCGUACGGAAAGAGCAAUUUGCAGUUUGCCUCUGCCUUAUCGAAAAUGGGAAAGUCUUGGUGGCAGCUCUGGGCUGCCCCAACCUUCCAGUCGACUACACCUUGCCCGAUGGCGAGAAGGGCUGCGUUUUCGUUGGAGUUAUGGGGCAAGGAGCGGCCCAAUUGAACAUUGAGUCGGGCAAGGAGUUCCCCAUCUCUGUGUCCGGUACUUCAGACGCCUCUUCAGCCACAUAUGUGGAGUCAUUGGAGUCCGCACAUUCUAGCCAUGGACGGCAUGCCGAAAUUGCCGGCGCCCUUAGGAUGGGUCCACCCAUUCGUAUGGACAGCCAGUGCAAGUUCGGAGUGGUGGCCAGAGGACAGGCGAGCCUUUAUCUGCGCGUCUCAAAGUCGCCGCAGUACAUCUGGGACAUCGCAGCUGGCGCCAUGAUCGUGGAAGAGGCGGGUGGGCGGGUGACCGACUUGACGGGCCAGCCCUUACAGUUCUCUCUUGGAAGGACAGUAGGAGUGGCAGCACUCUUUGCUUCCAACGGCUUCAUUCAUGAGCAGGUGUUGGCUGCUUGUAAGGCAGAAGAUACCAGCCACUCGUGCUUCAUCUAA